AGGAGAUUAUCUUGUAUAGAAGGCUACUCCUGUUUCAUUUGCCCUCCUUCAUCCCAAUAUCUGGAGAAAGGAUUAGAACAGUAGUGCAGGAAAGACUCAGUUCGGUGGCAAGAAGAAAUGCAGUUCAGCCUGCCCGCUGCUCAGGCUGGACAGCACCAUCAUGUGGGAGGUGCUCACGUAGCAGCUGAUGGAACAACUGAAUCAGGAUGGCCCAAAAAUUUUCUUAAAAGUGUUAAAGUCGUUUGAUGUUAAUAUUGAAGAACCAGAGGCAUUCAGAUGGGAUGAGGAAAAUGGGGCUUUCACUUUAUUUGUGUCCUCCCUCUUCCAUGUUCGCACCUUUUAAGGCUGUAAAGUGACUGGGAGAGGAACCAUUUUUAAGUGUCUACAGAGCACCUACAGUAUUUGAGUGCUAUUACAAUUUUACCAGUGACAAGACGAAAGUAGAUGCAGACAGGACAGAAAGAGAUGGCACCUUCAAGAAUGCUGGCAUGACAUAACUAUUUAUGAUGAUCUCUUACAGGAGCUACAGCCUAUCUGCCUGUGCACAUGAACAGAACAUUUACUGUUAAGAUGCUUAAGGUGAAAAGAGAAGCAGAUUAAAAUUGGAAAAGGUAUAACAAGGAUGAUUGAAGACAUAGAACAUAUUUUGUACUAGGAAUAAACAAGGAUUAUUUUUAGCCUGAAAAUUAUAUAAGUCAGUGAAAUCACAAGAGACACAGAGAAAGUGACCAGGAGAUGCUGAUUCAUGGUCCUAACAUGAGGUCGAGCUGGCAUCAUAUGAGCUUAGGGAUGUGGAACAAACAACUGGGAACAAACAACAGGACUGCAGAAGUUUCAUUGCACAACAAGUUUGUGACUUAUGGAAUAUACUGCCUGUGGAGAGGACAGCUGUCAGAAGCACACCAUUUCAGAAUGUAAACUGACAAGAUGAAAAACUGAAGGCUACUAAAAAUAAUGAAAUGGAAAAUCCUGAAGUGACUGUGAGCAGCUGCAAUGUGCAUGAUGAUGAAAACCUUUGCAGCUACAAACGACACUCAUCAGUAUCACAGGAGGGGCUUUUGGAAGACCAGCUUAGAAGGAAGUUGAAAUUUUUCUUCAUGAACCCAUGCGAGAAAUUUUGGGCCCGGGGCAGAAAGCCUUGGAAACUUGGGAUUCAGUUACUCAAAAUAGUAAUGGUUACAGUUCAGCUGGUGGUUUUCGGAUUGAGCAAUCAAAUGGUGGUUGCCUUCAAAGAAGAGAACACUAUUGCAUUCAAACAUCUUUUCUUGAAAGGGUAUAUGGACAGAAUGGAUGAUACCUAUGCCGUGUACACACAAACAGAUGUCUAUGACCAGAUAUUCUUUGCAAUAAACCAGUACCUCCAGCUGCCCAACAUCUCUGUUGGAAAUCACGCUUAUGAGAAGAAGGGAGCAGAAGAGACACCUCUGGCUGUUUGUCAGCAGUUCUACAAGCGAGGAAUCAUCUGUCCUGGAAAUGACACGUUUGAUAUAGACCCAGAGAUUGUGACUGACUGCUUGUACAUUGAGCCAACGACUUCAUUAGACAACACAACAAUGGGAAAGCACAAUUUGAAUUUCACUCUGGAUUUCCCCAGACUGGUGGCAGUGCAGCUCAUGUUCAAUCUGAAGGCAAUCAACCUCCAGACCGUUCGUCACCACGAGCUCCCCGACUGCUACGAUUUCACUCUGCGGAUUGUGUUUGAUAAUAAAGCACACAGCGGAAGAAUUAAAAUAAGUCUAGACAAUGACAUAGCAAUCAGGGAAUGUAAAGACUGGCACGUUUCUGGAUCGAUACAGAAGAACACUCAUUACAUGAUGAUCUUUGAUGCUUUUGUCAUAUUGACUUGUCUGACUUCAUUGAUCCUUUGCACACGAUCAGUGAUUAAAGGAAUUUGGCUCCAAAGGGAAUUUGUAAGCUUUUUCCUAUAUUAUUAUAAGAAAGAAGUAUCUUUCAGUGAUCAAAUGGAAUUUGUCAACGGAUGGUACAUCCUGAUUAUAGUUAGCGAUGUCCUGACUAUUGUUGGAUCAACUCUAAAGAUGGAGAUACAAGCUAAGAGUCUGACAAGUUAUGAUGUCUGCAGCAUACUCUUAGGAAUAUCCACCAUGCUUGUGUGGCUUGGAGUCAUUCGCUACCUAGGUUUCUUUCAGAAGUAUAAUCUUCUCAUCCUAACACUGCGAGCAGCAUUACCCAAUGUAAUGAGGUUCUGCUGUUGUGCUGCUAUGAUCUACCUGGGCUAUUGUUUCUGUGGAUGGAUUGUACUGGGACCAUACCAUGUGAAGUUUCGUACUCUGAACAUGGUUUCUGAAUGCCUUUUUUCACUGAUCAAUGGAGAUGACAUGUUUGCCACCUUUGCAGAAAUGCAGCAGAAAAGUUACUUGGUUUGGUUGUUCAGUAGGAUAUACCUCUACUCCUUCAUAAGUCUGUUCAUCUAUAUGGUGCUGAGUCUCUUCAUUGCACUCAUUACAGAUACGUAUGAAACAGUCAAGCACUACCAACAAGAUGGCUUUCCCGAGACAGAACUUCAGAGAUUUAUAUCACAGUGCAAAGACUCGCCAAACUCUGGGAGGUACAGGCUAGAGGACGAAAGUUCUGCAUCUCUCUUCUGUUGUUGUAAUGGUUGUAUGUAGUGAACAUAUUUAAUGGAUUGUGGGAGCGUGUCAUGGAGGCUUUAAAGCAGCACACAUUGCAAGAACUGGACAAUGGAGCUGGUGGAAAACCUUAUCUCUGAAGACUUUAUUUGCUUUUCUCAAAAAACAGUGUAAGCCCAUGGCAGAAGUUUAUGCUAAACUUACAGACUUUUUGAUUAGACAUUCACUGCUAGUUCAGGGGGCUUGGGGUUGGUUUUUAUUUGUUUUAUUCUAUUUGUUUCCUCAGUUAAAUUGUGCUAGAAUGAAAAGGGCAUAAAAACUUGUCUGUGUUCAGAGACUUGGCUAGAUCAUAAGAGUAGAAUAUAAAUGUAAUAACUUUCAACUGUAAGUAGAACUCGUGUUGGACAACUUCAGCUUUGAACACCAGCCUAGCCCUCAGUGCUGCAGGCAUUAUCUGUCUAUGGCUGACCUGUUACUGAAUUAAUGAAAGCUCACUAGAGCCCUCAGAAUUUUUGGUUUAUUUGCACUCACAGUAAAAAGAGAUACUAUGAAAUUUGGUGUAAUUUGUUUCUGGAGUCAUUACAGUGAGUUGAUACACCAAGCCACUCAAAUACCGCUGAAAGCAUAAAAUAAAUAUUUCUUUAAACACAAGUACCACUGGAUGUAAGUGGCAAUCUAUUCUCAGAGAGGCUGGGAUAUACCAGGCUGAACUGAAGUUGAGGGAUGAGCUGAAUGGAGAAAUGUUCUCAUGUAUCAAGCACUGGGCAGGGUCAGUUACAGUCUUCAGCUUAACAGUGUUUGGAUCUUACGUUUUUAAAGGAAAAAUCAGACAAAAACCCUUUCAAAACACCUAUUUUUUAAAAAUUUGAAAUCUUCCUCUGGCAUACAAGUCUGUAAAACUGAAGUUAUAACUAAGUUAAAGACACAGGAGAUGUCUCUGAGAGUCUUAUCUCUCUCCACACUUCAGAAACUGGAUGUUUCCUAGCAACUGAAUAGCCUGCUACUGUCAGUGGCUGGCUGAAACAUUGGCUCUUAUAAAAGUUCUGUUUUGACAACUUAGUUUAUAUUCUUUGUUGAUUGUGAUACUAUUUAAUGGAUGCCUUAUUUUCUAUAGUCUAUUCACUCUAGGAGCAGAAUAGAAGACUAAAGGGAAGUGUGUUUUAGAGAACUUGCAUUUCUGAGCAACAUUGCUGUAGCUGUGUGUGACAAUGUAUAAUGAAUGCUGCAGAGGACACUAAAUAUGUUCUGUCUGAAUGUCUACACAUUGUAAAUGUGCUACAAUAAACACAGCUGCAGUAAGUA